AUGGAAGGGGGAGACACGGUCGUCACGCAGCAGGUCUGCCAGGUGGAUGACAUGUAUGACGGAGAGUGAGUAUAGAUGGCAGGGAAGCGGUAAAAGCAUUGCUGCGUUUGUUUUGGCUGUGUGAACAGAAGCAGUGCCACCAUGGAAGACCACCAAGCAAGACACGGAGGGAACAGCCCUUUCCUGCCGCUUCUCCCCAGCUGCUCAGGGAUAGACUGCCUCUGUCCCUGGAGGUUCCACAUGAAGCUCCUGAGGCUAAUAGCCAAUGAUUGACUUCUCUUUCCUGCAUGGAUCUGUCUAGCCUUUGAAAGCUGUGAGCUGAUCCAGAUAUAUAUAGAUCCAGAUAUAGAUACACACACAGGGAAGCGUUCUCUCUCUCCCCCUCCCCCACUCCUGAAGGAAGACUUCCUUCCUUCCUUCCUUCCCUGCUCCCCCCACCCAGCCCUCCUGCUUCUAACUUCUGCCUCCUCUUCCUCCGGUUUCUGCUUGGCUACCCAGCCCCUCCCAGUUCUGCCCUUUUAUAGACCUGCAGACUGUCUGGAUGGGGGGGGGGGGGUAGGACACAUUUUUAAGGCUGCCAGGUUCCCCUCCUCCCUCCCCACUUUUACAAUAUAUGUCUCCUGGCCUUGUGCAUGGGCUGCUUUCUUUUCCAUUACGGUUUCUUAAGCCAUCGGGCUGCCCAGAACAGGAGCUGAGCCAGGCGGCAUGUUACGAGCCUGCAUGUUAUGCAAAGGCCUUUGCAUAAUUCCCGCUCGGGUCUUAUACAAGCCUCCCCACCCAUCUGCACAUGUCUCCAAGGCCUUGCAGAGUUGUUUGGCAGCUCAGGUUCAGCAAAGGCUUCUUUUCCUGCUUUCACAUUAGCUUGUUUCACAGCGAGCUAGACAUGUUGUCAUUUGCAAACGGUGCAGAACCAUCCACCCUGCAGACCUGGUGCACUUGGACCUCCGAGUCAACAAAGAGAUUGGAGCAUCUGUCCUGGUCCUCUGGCCUUCGCUGUUGUGGAGGCAGGAGAUUGCACGGGGGGGGAGGGCAACUGGCAGCAGGACAAUCCCUGCCUGCCUGCCUGCCGGACUCCUUUGGACCCUGAACCCUGGAGUCCCUGGCUCCCUUGGGUGGGUGGGCUGGGGGAGUCCAGUUCCUAGGAAACUCCUCUGGAGAGCACCACUGAACCCUCCCAAAAAUAGGCUUCUGGAGGGAGAAGGAGCCUCUGCUUCUCAAGGGCCCCCUGUCUCCCUUCCGCUUGCAGGAUGCGAGAGGUGGAGGUGGCUGGGCACCCGGUGUUGCUCGUGAGGGACCACCUGCAGUUCAGCGCUCUGGGGAGCAGGUGCACCCAUGCCGGAGCCCCCCUCAGCAAAGGUAAGGGAGUGCCUCUCUCCCAUCUCUCUUCCUCCCUGCCUGUUUCUCUCUCUCCUGCUCAGCUGGUCUCUCCUUCUGAAUUCCAGGCUACUUGGGACGGGGACGGAUCCGCUGCCCCUGGCACGGGGCUUGCUUCAGCCUCAAGACGGGGGACAUUGAGGAAUACCCCACCCUGGACUGCCUCACAUCCUUCAAGGUGCGCUCUGAUUCUGACUGCCCCAUCUGCUGGGGCUUCCUUGCACAGAGAGCCAAGGGGCCUUUUGCGUCCUGAGAGGGAGGGGGAGGCCUCCGCUGUGGUCCUGCUGCGCAGCUUCCCUGCCUGGGUGGAAGGGGCUGCUAAGGGUGCCUGUGCUCCACUGCAUGCCCAAUUCAGGGCCAGGAUCUUGGAAGGACAGCCUCCCUGCCCAGGCCCUGCUGCUUAUCUUGUUGCCCCUUCAGACGGAUGGCGGGGCCUUUUCGCCUGUGGCACCUGAGCUUGUGGUGCUCCCUUUCGAGAGCGGCUGGCUUGCCUUCUUCUCUCAAGGCCCUUAGGCAGGCUGUGGAAGGGAUGACUUCUUCAGGCCCGUUCAACCCCAGGAGAGGUUUGGAUUCCUUGCCAGAAAUCCCAGAGAGCCAUUGCUGCAUGUCAGAGUAGAGGAUACUAAGCUCAAUAGACCAAGGGUCUGACUCAGUUGUGCCAUGUGAAUUAUUACGGCUAUAAGCUGCCUUUGGUGGCCACAACCAAAGUCAGCCUCAACUGAGUCAGCUGUGAAGGCGUCAAAAUGAGCAUAUAAAUCAGUGUGUGUUUUAAUGCCUGUGGCAGCUGGAAUCCUGGCCUUUGGUCAACCUCAGUAGAGGGAAGCCAGUCCACAAAUGCUGCAGUGGGAAAGAGGAUGGCUCCACGUGGCCCCACUUACUUCCCUUGGGGGUGAGAAGUCCCACAAACGCAGGACUCGCCUGGGCUUUGAUUUCCUCUGGAAGGAAAAGUCACAGGAGACUUACGAGCAUUUUGUGGCUGUUGCAUUCACUUACCAAUAUACAGGCUGAGCACAGGUGGAGUCGGCAGGCACAGCUUCACACACCCAAAAUGCACUGCUCCCCAUCAGAUCCCCGGAGGGAGGUGGCUCCCCAGAGACCCAGAAUCCUCGUCUCUCUCUGGGUCUCCCUUGAAAAGUUCCUGCUCCCCCCUGGCUUCCUGCCCCAGAGACACCCCACGCCCUCAGCUACCUCAUAUUUUCCUUGGUGCAGGGUGGGGGGAGUUAGAGAGCCACCAAAAGAUGUCUGUGCCCAAUUCCUACAGAGCAUCAAGGGAUAUUUGCAGCCCCAUUAACCCUCUGCUGUCCAAGCUCCAGUCAGUAUCCUUUGGGUCUCUGCAGGUGACUGUGGACGGUGGGCAUGUGUACGUCACGGCCAAGAUUAAGGUAAGGAACUCUGACUCCCCUCCCCUUCUCAAGGCUGGAUGUCAGGGAGGCCAUGUUGUUGGCUACCGGUCCUUCCUCCUGCCCGGCCACAGCCCAGGCUCACACCCUUCUUCUCCCCAUCUGCCCCUCCCCCCCACUUUCUGGCAGGACCUGGAGAGCAGCCACAGGGUGAAGCCCAUGAGCAAACGGAACCCGCUCAACAGCCAGAUGGCGCUGCUCCUGGGGGCAGGUGAGUCCAGGAGGGCCGAGGCUGGGGGGGUGUCCCCCAGAGUGCCAAAGAGUCAUCACUGCUCACCAGGCUGCCCUCUCCUUCCUAGGCCCCGCAGCCCUGACUUGUGCUGAGAUCCUUCGCCAGGAGGGCUUUACUGGCAGAAUCGUCAUGGUGACCCGGGAGAACCACCUGCCCUACGACAAGACGAAGCUGAGCAAGGUCUCUGGGGGGCCUGGGGCAUGAGCAGUGGGGCUCAUAAUACCUGAAAACGCUGAGGGUGGGACAUCUUUGCCCCUCAUUCAUUACACCAGGGAACACCCAAGGUUUUCAGGGGGCCCAGACUUUCAGCUUUUGUUUUUUACAAUGAGGAUGUCUCUAGCUUCCGUAGAAGGAAAGUUACGGGGCAAGAGGUGGAGGCACCUUGGAAGUGAUUUCUGAGAACUGAGAGGGUGGUGUGGCUGCCUUGCCCAUUUUUCCUGGCACAGAGGAUCAGUAUGGUGGGAUCUGCCCACCCAGGACCAGCAGGAAGCACUGGCCUUCUCUGGGCAGGCAUAAGGUUGCCCGGGGGCAGGGUAGGCAUGACAGUUGUUUAAUGGUGUACGAUGCCACAUUCUGCAUGGCAGCCGUUUUGUGGCUGGUGCCCAAGGCACUACCUGUGCCCACUUGCCCAAAAAGAUGGGCACCCCCUCUGCCACAUGAUGGCAUUUUUAUACUGCCCUUUAGCAGGAACCCCACCACUUUUUAAAUCCCCUGCUUUAGAAGACUGCUGGGCUGGGGAGAGAUGAGCUGGGUGCUCCCAGUCUUCAAAGGGAUCUUCUCCCAGGCAGCUUUGGAACUCCCUGCCUAUUGAAGCCAGACAGGCUCCCUCUUUGCUGUCUUUCCACCAGCAGGUGACGUCCUUUGGUUGCUUUUUAAUGAAAGGGCUGGUGCUGUGAAGUUUUUAUUGCAGUAAUUUGUAUCUUUUAAUAGAUUAUAUAGAUCCAUCGAUAGGCAUAGUUUUAAUUCUAUAGAUUAGAAUUAAAUGAAAAAAACUAAAAUUAAGAGUUUUUAAAUUAUUGUUUCCCCCCAGUGUUUUUAGCUGUAAGCUGCCUUGAUUCCAUGUCAGGGGGAAAGGCAGAGUAUAAAUAAAUAUAAAACAACAAAAAUAACACUGGUAUAAAGCAGGUCUCCUUCCUUUGCUGUUCAUAGGCAUUGGGUACCAAAGCAACAGACAUCUACCUGCGGUCUCAGAGCUUCCUGGAUGCUCACAACAUCGAAGUCUGGAUGGAGAAAGAGGUGAGUGGUGGUGGGGGGAGAUCAGGACACCGAAAGGAGACCCCCCCCACUAACAUGGAUGAUGCCACACAAACCCCUGCACCUUUGCAUAAGGAAGGGGUCUCAUGCCAUGCAAAAUGGGGUGCCCCCACUUCAGAACAAUGGAAAGGACAAACAGAAAGGCAGGAUGAGGAGCUAGCAGUGCUGACCCUUGUCCUGCAGGAUGAGGCUUUUCUUAAGCCCAAGCUCUUCCCCAGGCCAUUUAAGGACUGUGGUCAAAGGGUCAACUGAGGAGGAUGUUAAGGGCAGAUUUAGUUCAUGGGGGUGGACUAGAUGACUCUUGGGGUCCCUUCCAACUCUGCUGCUCUAGGACUCUGUCUAUCCCCCAUCCCUUCAUCACAGUCCCACUUCGGGUCCUCUCUUUGGCCUGGCUGCAGGUGGCGUCUCUGGACCUGAAUGGCAAAAGGGCAGAGUUCAGUGACGGGACCUGGCAGACCUACGACCACCUGCUGAUUGCCACGGGCAGCAGGUAGGCACUGCCCCCUCCCAGGCAUAAGGGUACUGUACUGCGCCCAGAGCUCAGAAACUGCUCGUGCUACUGAAAUUCCCUGUCGCAAAACGUGCCUAGAACAAUGGGAGUUUUGAACACUGCCCCUACCAUAAGCCAAGCCAUCCUGCUCAGCCCCCUCUCCUCUUGCCCCCGUUUCAGCCCCAGGCGUCUCCAGUGCCCAGGCGCCAACCUCCAGAACGUCUGCGUCCUCCUCACCCCUGAAGAUUCCAGCCGGAUCCUGCGCUUGGCAACGGGCAAGAGGGUGGCGAUUGUGGGAGCGUCCUUCAUCGGUAUGGAAACCAGGCACGCUCAGUUUGGGUGGGCCCGGCAAGCAGCAGGGGGGAAGGCAGGGACAGAGCAGCUGCAGAAGCCUGGCUCUAAGGAACCUUCUGCGAAGCAGGUCCCUAGGAGCAAAGAGACGCAGCUGGCCUCUCCCCCCUGCACCCCGAGUGAGGCACCUCCUCUCCUCCUUGCAGGCAUGGAAGUGGCCGCCAGCCUCGUGGGCAAAGCCGCUUGCAUCGAGGUGAUUGAGAGGGCAGAGUGCCCAUACCACGUAGCCCUGGGCUGCCAGGUGGGCCACGUGGCCAUGAAGGUGAGCAGCCCAGGCGUGGAGCCAGAGGGGUUUCUAGAGAGGGACGAGGUGGCAGCUCAGGGCCAGAGUGCCUGCUUGGCAUGCUCUGAGGGUGGAUCGGACCUUCCUCCCCCCCACACCCCGAGGCUUGACUAGGAGGUGGUCUUGGAACAGCUCCAGGCUGGGUUAUGGGGCGACCUCUUGGAAAGAGAAAGUGGAGGGUAAUUUCUUGUGGGCAUUUUCUGGCACCUGUGAUGCCCACCCAAGCCUCCCAGUGUAGCUGCAUCCCAGGAGAAGGUGCCGGCUGCCUGCCCUCCCUGGGUGCUCCAAGGCCAACACCUGUGUCUCCUUCCACCUCUGCAGAUGCUUCAGGUGCAGGGAGUGAAGUUCCACCUGCAGGCAGAGGUGACAGAACUGCAAGGCGAAGGAGGAAAGGUCUGUGGGGGGGGGGGGCAGGGGCUGAGCUCAGCGACCACAAAAGUGGGAGGCUGAGGGCUUGGCAGGUCCUCAAAUCACAGCUGCCUUCCUCUUCUUCCUUCCCCACCCCCAGGUCACGCAGGUCCUUCUGAGCAGCGGGCAGGUGAUCCUCACAGAUGUGGUGGUGGUGGGAAUAGGUGAGUUGAAGGGUUGGGCUGUAGGGAGGGAGCGCUAUCCCCCAUGAGCAGCAGGGCAGGCAGCCUGGGCUCUGUACCCCACAUACGGGGAUGGUGGUGUUUUCUCCUCCCCCCACACCCAAAAAAGGUGGAAGCCCUUUGCACUCUCUGGCAACAAGGUAUGGUGCUCUUGCCACCCACCCAUUGCAGAACUGGAAUGAUUUCUUUCUUUCUCUGUAUGUUUCUAUUUAUUUUUCAAGAAUAAUAUCUAGGCACAGAAUAAAAAAAAUGUCUUCAGCAGUACAACAGAUGUCAAGGCGAUAAGCAACUAUUUUACUUUUAAAAGACAACUGAAGGCGGCCCUGUUUAGGGAAGUUUUUAAUGUUUGAUGCUGUGUUGUUUUUAAUAUUUGGUUGGAAGCCGCCCAGAGUAGCUGGGGAAACCCAGCUAGAUGGGCGGGGUAUAAAUAAUAAAUUAUUAUUAUUAUUACAUAUCCUUUGCUAUUUUAGCUACAAUGAUUUCUAGCAUGUCAUGCCAGUUGUUCAGAGCCCAGCAGGGUCACAAUCUUGCUCUGAAAGGGGGAGCUUAGUGUUCCCCUCAAACAAGCAAAUAAAUAAGCGCACACACACACACACAGAGAAAAUAAUUUGUAAGUCACAUGGCUUGGCAAGGAGGGAUCAGGCAGGGCUUCAGCAAUGCCAGGCUAGAGGCCAGGGCAAAGCACUUUGGUGCCAGCUGGGCAAGGCCACCACCUCACUCCCCCCUCUCACCCCCCCCAGGAGUGACCCCCAAUUCCAGCUUCCUUCAGGACAGCUCCAUUGUGCUGGACCGCAGAGGUGCCGUCGUCGUGGAUUUGGUAGGUGGAAGAUGCAGAGGACCCCCCCUCCCUCUGUCCCCUCCCCAUCUCUGACCACCAUCUAUCUCCUUUGCCUCCUCAGUUCAUGCAAACCAGUGCCCCCUCUGUCUUCGCUGCUGGGGACGUGGCCUCCUUCCCCGUGGCUCUGCUCGGAGGGAAAAACAUCGACAUCUGCCACUGGCAAAUCGCCCAAGCCCACGGUAGGCACUGCAGGAGUGGGGAAGGCAUGUGCAGUCCCCUCGGCCCAAGUACAGCGUUUGCAGAAUUAGUUGCCCAGAGCCUAGAGCUUGCAUGUGUUUCUUCUUAAAGAAACACCAGGUUUCUAGUCCUUACUGACCGCAGAGAAUAGAGGAUUGCUUUCUUGAGGAAGGGGCGGGCAGGAAAAGAAAAAGCCAGAAAGGGGUGGGGGCAGCUAUCCCUGCUCAGUCGCUGUGUCCUCAGAGUGAUCCCUAGAGGACUGACCACAGCCCCCCUAUCCUUCCUCUGAGGGCUGUUCCCCACUUCUCCCCCCCAGGCCGCGUGGCUGCCCUCAACAUGCUGCAGAGGCAGGAGGAGCUGCACACGGUGCCUUUCUUCUGGACCAAGCUGCAGGCCAAGAGCAUCCGUUACGCAGGUAGGCGAGGGGGGCGGGGCACACACCCCAAAGCCGCCAGGAGGCAGAGGAGCCAACCAGCUGGCGGUGCCCCAUAAUCCCAGCCCUUCAUCUGUAAGAGCCCAGUCACUUAGUGUGGCAGCGCCUACACUUUGGACCUCCCUGCCCAUUGAUAUCAAGCGGGAGCCUUCGCUGUACUCAUUCUGGCACCUGCUAAAAGCAUUCUUGUUUAGAAAAGCUUGUCCAGGUGCUUAGAGAGUUGAGGUGAUUUUUAACCUGUUUUAACAUUUUAACUUUUGUAUGUUUUAAAGUACUGCCACAUUUUUUUCUUCAUUUCCUCAUUUUUAUCUUUCAGUAAAUCUACUUGGCAGUUUGUCUGGGUUUUUUUAGUCUAGCGCUGUAUGAAUUUUAUGAAAUAUAAUAGUAGUUUUCUUAUUUAUACCCCACCCAUCUGGCUGGGUUUCCCCAGCCACUCUGGGCGGAUUCCAGCAAAAUAUAAAAACAUAAUAUCUGCAUAAACCACCUAGAGAAUGCCAUCCUAGAGCUGUGAGCCUCAUGUCCAAGAGGGGUCUCAAUCCUCUGCCAGCUGCCUGCCAACUAUCCUGUCAGAUCCCAAAACUUUGCUCCCUCUUGCCUGACAGGCUGCGGGAUCGGCUACACCGAGACGGUGCUCAAGGGAGAUCUGAGCCAGGAGAAGUUCCUCAUCUUCUACAUCAGGUGAGUCAAGAGCUCCGCUUGGUCAUGGGGGGAGCCGAGCAGGGGCCCCAGUUGCCAGUGCAGAAGCCCCUAUGCCCAGCGCUGCAGAGAAGCAACUGCCGUGCUCUGGAUUGGAUUGGUUGCCUUUCUGGGCUGCUUUCCAUUCAGAUGAAACCCAAAGCGGCUCACAAAACAAUGAACAACAAUAACAGAACAAGUACAGCACAAACCAUUUAAUUAAUAAUCAGUAAAACAACUGCAAUUUAUGAAAUUCGGUCAGCAAAACGGAACCUAAAAAAUAAGCUGAACAUCAGAAUUACAGCAUAAGGCAUUUCGUAUUUCUAAAUCGACAAUAUAGCAUUUUCUGAUUGAUAAAACAGUAUUUUCUUUGGGUGGGGGUUAAGGAUAGAGCGUUAAUGCUGGUGACGCUCCAAACUGUCUUAAGGCAGGGGCAGAUAGAUCCCUUUUCUCUCCCCCCCCCACCCCUCAGGCUGAUGUGCUUUCUAACUCCUACUGCAUGGAAGGGGAGACAGCAAGGGGGGGUCCCCUAAAUGCUAUUGGUUAGUGGUCAGGGAUGAUGGGAGUCCAUUGCCACCUUGCGGGGGAGGGGUGGCAACCCUGCCCUCUUACGUUGGGCCUGACAGUUUCAGAAAGAGCACCUCUGCCGACAGAAACAUAGAACUGUAGAACUGGAAAGAUCCCAAGAGUCAUCUUGGCCAACCCCCUGCCAUGCAGGACUCAUUCCGCUCUGGGUGGGGCGGGGCAGAGGCUUGUCAGAGUGGCACCCGUCACUGGGGGCGGGGGGACAUUGCUGCUGGCAAGUCCCAGGUUCAUUCCUCAGAAUCUCUCCUUAAAGGCAGGUCAGGCAGCGGGGGCUGAUGGGAAAGAUCCUGGGGGGGGGCCCAUCCUGACCCAGCUCUCUCUCUUCCUUGCGCAGGGAUGGCAUUGUGACUGCAGUGGCCAGCCUGAACUUUGACCCCAUGGUGGCCAUGGUGGCUGAGGUCCUGUACUCGGGGAAGAUCAUCACCAAGGAUGAGGCAGAGUAAGUUGCGUCAGGGGUCCCCCCCCCCAACACAGGUGCUGACCCCCACCAGGGCCAUGCUUCCUCUGUUUGGGUGACCCCAGCCAUCUUGUUUCCUUUCAGGGCGAUGAAUGAAGAAGCCCCACCAGAGAAGGCCUAA